AAUAAACACGGUGUUGCUUUUAUUUUCAAGCCUGUUUGUGACUAAACUAACAGUCUGUGAGGACUAUCAGACGGGGUAAGUUAUGUUCAAGCACAAAUUCACAGGCGAGGAUCAGCUCUUCCUUCCCUCCGAGCGACGCAGGCCUCAGUGGCCACGUUGCAUUUCUCUCCUCAGUCCAGAAUAACUUCAUAUUUUAUAAUUAUCUGUGAUAAAAUAACAUGUAACUGUCAGUCUGAUCCAGUUUGCAGAUUUGACCUACAUCUGUUUCCCCUAGAAAUGUGCUUCUUUUUUUUUUCCUGGACUGAAGGUCAACAGACUUCAACACAGGCAACAAAUAAUAAAGAACAAAGUUAAUUUCUAAAAAAGACAAGAUGCAUAAUAUUUGAACAUUAAAAUUAAAGCUUUCAGACAGCAAUGCACAGAUGGACUUUGCUUCUACACGUCUUUUUUUUCUCUCCCCCUUUUAUUGACGGCAUGUAUAAUCACACGCACCUCAUAAAACAUUUAUUGAUACAUAAAGACAUUAUUGCCCUCCUUUGAAUGAAUACAAUAAUUUCACAACUGCUGUUUCCGGCUUAGCUUUAAAAAUUAAAACCAACUCAGAAAAUAUGUUUCCUCACCGAAUAUUAACAAUGGAUCCGCCGCAUUGUGGACGGAAAUGGCGUCUGUUAUUUUACAACAUGUUAUUACAUCUAUUUUACGAGGACUCCGUAAGUCUAUAAACCAUUUUACUAGCAAUGAGGGUAUCAGGACGAUAUUGUGAGACUUUUCUCAAACAUUAAGAUACAGGGAAUCCGUGUUGGUGGACUGUGUAUGUGGGAGGGAAAGUGUCUUAUUCCCCUUUUUUUGGUUGCCUGUAUUGUUGCAGCGUCCUCCUGCAGCACACAUGAGAAACACACAAAAAAAAACCAUUUGCAUUCAUUUGUCAUGUUUUCUCCCUCCAGUCACAUCUGAUGGGGCUUUUUAUUAUUUGUGAAAUGAAAAGCUAAAUUAAACCUGACGAGAGAGGAAAAAAAAAAAAAGGAGAGAGCAAGGGCAGGAUUGAUUUACUCGCUGUAUUGGUAAAUAUGACCACGUGAUCCAUGUAACCAAUCCCUGUAGAUACAGGCCAGCAAAAAUACUAUGAUUGUUCAUAGAGGGAAGCUUCCCGUAACAGUGCAACCCUUAUUAUAUGAGUAGGAAGAGAUCAAAAAUGUCUUCCAGUGGCACUCUCAGCAACUGCUAUGUGGACGCUAUAAUGGGGCAGGAGCCGGAGGAUGUGUACGGUGCUCGCUUUAUUCAGGCUCCACACAUGGUGACCCCGAGGCCGUCAGGUGCUGGGGACAACGCAGACUUCUCCUCUUGCAAUUUUGCACCAAAGUCCGCCGUUUUCUCGUCGUCUUGGUCCUCGGUUCACCCGCAGGGGAUUUAUCAUCCGUACGUGCACCACCACCACCACCACCAGUCCCAUCUCCCCGCCUCGGACGGCAGAUAUGUAGGCGUCCGCUCCUGGAUGGACCCGAUCUCCAACCACGUUUCGUUCGCCGGAUUUCACUCCAGCAGUCGGCCGUACGGGACAAAGCCGGAGGUCUUACCGCCGAAAGCUACCGAGUGCGACGCGUUGGAGGCUGAGGCUCGGCCGCUCGCCGGCGAAUUCGCGUGUGGAGUAUCGGAGUGUCCAGAAAAAGCGACCAAAGAGCACAGUGGAAGUGAGCUUUCGAGCCACAGCGAGCCCAAAGAGGAGAAACAACAACAACUUGACCCAAACAACCCUGCAGCAAACUGGAUCCACGCACGCUCAACCAGAAAGAAGCGAUGCCCCUACACAAAAUAUCAGACUUUAGAGCUGGAGAAGGAGUUCCUCUACAAUAUGUAUUUGACACGAGAUCGACGCUAUGAAGUCGCCCGCAUACUCAGUUUAACCGAGAGACAAGUGAAGAUCUGGUUCCAGAACAGGAGGAUGAAAAUGAAGAAGAUGAACAGAGAGAGGAGCGGCAAGGAUCACCUAUGAAAUCACUGCUGCUGCCAUUUCACACAUUUAUUGUAUGUACCAAGGAAGCCAUCUGAACAAUUACAUUUAUUUUGGAUUUUAGGAGCCUCGGUAGCCAUUUUAUUUUAAUUUUUUUAGACCCUCUAGAUAGCGUAACAUUGCGUGUCAGUGUCAUAACUUGUUGGCUGAUGCAUCAAAAUGUGCAGGAAUGUGUCUUACAGACAUGGAUCCGUGAAAUACUGUUUCAAGCCAUCUGAAAAUUCUCCCUGUUUUACAGUUUUACACAAACACACACUGGGAUGUUCAAGCAGUUUCUCAGAGUUGUUUAGCCCCCCCCUCCCACCACCACAGUAGGAAACGUGCCUAUGUGUAUUGCUUUUAUAGCUGUUAAGAAUGUGGAGUUGUAUAUAAAACAUUUUCACAGCUAAACUACUUUGACUGCUGUCUGUGUCAGUACGCACACAUUGGAGAUACUGCGUCAGUAAACCGUGCAUUGACCCGUUUCCACAGAGGAUUUUUUUUUUUUUACUUGUGUGAGGAAAUUGUUGACCAUGUUUUUGCUUUCAAAGACUCAAAGUGAGUUGGUAUUUGGCAAAUCAUUCAUUUAGCUGAAGUGUCAAUAUACAGUGUGACAUUUUACUCUAAAUAACCCAUUUAACAACUUUCUCUGCGUGUUUCUGGCACACUGGCGGGUUGUUUCAUUUAAAUAAUAAGAUUGGAAGAAAAAAACCUAUCCCUGAGGCCUUGUUUACAGUUACACUGCUACUGCGGCACAAUGCAGACACACACAAGAAGAAAUAAAUUGUAACUAUUUUCAAUAGUUUCAGUGUUUGACAGUUGCAUUUUUUAAUUUGCAGACUGCAAAUGUAUAGAUUAGAGGGAUUUUAAUCUUUAUUAUUAGCACUUUAAUCCUAAAUAAGGCUACAUACUGUAGGCCUUCUGCUAAAUUUAACUUUUUUUUCUGAAUCGAGGAUUUGAAACGUAGAAGAACGAGUAAUAAAGUGUUUACGAUUGGGAGAGGUGUUGCGGCGGAUUUCCAAUUUAUUGUCCAACUUGUACGAAUAAUUACUUUAAAGCAGGAAGAAACGCGGUCCAAUAAAGCUAUAGAAAUGGCUAGACGUCUGGCCUAAAUGACUUUAUGGUCCUGGCCAGUAAUUACACUCUCCUUUGAAACCCCCUUUUUCUUGGGCGUUUGCGUCUGUUGCUGACAAACAGAAUGUAGACACUUUUCCACAGGGUGUCUGGUCGGUGAAUUGUCUUAAAGGAAAUCAUCCCCCACCUUAAUGGUCACGUUUAUUCAUCAACUGCACUUCCCACCGAUGGGAAAAAAAACUUAACUUUGACUGGUGUCCGAUGCAGUCUUACCAUCUGAUGAAUUUAUUUUAUUUUGACAUGCAAAACAAAAAAAAAAAAACAGGAAAUAUGUCCUGAUCUUACCUCAUGCAAACUAUAUAGACUUCUAGUGAAAUAAACCUUUUUGAAUGUUCUUAAACUUAUAACAGAUAAAUUAAUGAAUUAAUAAGUGAACAAUAGAACAUGUAGAGGCAGUUGUAGUCAAAUCAAAUGACAAAACCCUGAGUUGUGCAGGAGUAAAUGCAAUGUGUUUAUCUCUGCUGGAGCUUCAGGGGGGCAGUAAUGGGAUCGCUAGAGGGCGAUAUUGUUCUUUUAGUUUCAGUUACUGCAAUUCAUUCACAGCUGGAACAUGUAGGCAACACAUGGACCAUACCAUACAGCAUGCACUCAUGGAUUCAUUGAUUUGUAUGGGGAAAAAAACUAUACUAAUUAAAACUGGAGGUUUUCUAUUUGGGAUUAAUCAAAAGCCCUCAAAGCAAUGAUAAUAAUACUACAAUGGUAUUCUUCCUCAGAAUCGAAAGAUAGUUUUCUAAAAACCAACAGACCAAAAACAAUAAAUAAAUAUUACACUUCUUUAACAGUUGAAAGCCCCAGUACCUACUUUUUAAUCGCCUUUUGUUAAUAUGCAAAUAAAAAAAUAAAAAACUCUAGAUAAUUGUCUCAUUUCAUCUCAUACAUUUGCAAAAAGAGCAUUCAGUUUUGAUCGACACUCAGAAGGGUUACUGGAGCCAGGAGCAGCCUCAGUUCAUCAGAAGAGAACCAGAAAUGCAGUCCUCUAAAUUUCCCCUUCAAAGGCCAUAUAUCCUCCUCUAAACUUUAUCAUAUUGAUUUAGUAUUUUGCAUGUAUUUUAUUGUCCGUGUUGUAGUGUCCUUGGAGGUAAUGAAAUUAUUGAUGACGGAUAAUAUUUUAUGUAAGCUCUGUAGUGGUUCUGGAGACACCAGAACAACCUUUUUCCUUUUUAUUUCCCAAUACUCAAAUGUAACUUUAAUAUUGAAGCAGUGUUGCAGCGUGGAUGUUUUUGAUUAAAUCACUGUGCUUCAGGGGCAUUUGGAAGAAAAUAGCCAUUAUACAUUUUUUCUUUUCAAAUGGUUUAGCCUGCAACAUAAAACACCUACACAAUUAACACAAUCACGGCAAAAAAUCAUUAGCAGAAUUAUCAAGCUAUAAUAAAUUAAAUUAAGGUUACAAUUAUGGUUUCUGUGACCCUAAAACUGAGUGUAACAAAAACACUUUUCCAUUAUCUAAAUGCUCUGGCUAUCCAGCUUCAGGACUGAUGUAUUUCAUACACACUUAUUGUUGCUUACUGGCUGUUGAAAACUGAUUAUUAGAUCUUUAAACAGCACAGCUCCAGUUUGACACAUUUGAUGAAAGCGCAGUGUGGCCUGCUUUUUCUUAAUUCAGUCUGCAGAGGAAGAACAAGAGGCGCCUCCCUCGGUUUAUACUGCUCUGUGUCCUGAGGAGUUACAGUGAACAUUACUUCAGUCAUCGCCAUUCAAAGUGAUGAUUGUCAUGAGGUUUCCAGUUGUUCAAAGCAUCCAAACACUGACGGCCAAUGGCAGCACUCACAGCACAAUAUGGAUACAAAAUAUUGAAGCAAUUAGAUGAAACGUUGACUUGAUUAUUUGCAUGUGUGAUAAGUAGGCUACAGUUGGUUGCUGACUAUAAGGUGACUGUCACGGCUGAAACCUUGACCCCAGAAUGAUGAUGUUCAGCUUCUUUAUUUUAAAUAUAUAUAUAUAUGUGUCGACAUGAUUACACGCACACAAUAACCGGAUCAAACCUUUUCUUUGAUGAUGACGAAAAUACGAUUGAUAGGGGGAUUUUUUGUCAGUGUGUCAAUUUCCACGCAGUCACCCUCUCUGUACUGUUAUAGACAGUCAUGUGCCUCUUUGCUUACAGGCCAGUGGGGUCAGCUAUUUCACUCUUGCCAUUAGCUGCAGUCACUACACCCGUGGAUGCAGCAGUGCGCCAUAUCCGCACACUUUGUCCUUGCGUUAUUAUUACUGUGUGAAGGCCCGAGAUGAUAGCUGUGUCACCGAUUGGGAACAAAGUUGGGCUAAUGUUGGGGUUUUUUUCCCCCAGAACUGUGUUAAAUAGUAAAGUUACAGGAUUAUUCUGCAGAAAUAUCGCUGGUCCAAGUCGGCUAGCUGGAAUAAGAGAAAGCACAUAAAUGCAGUUCCUUUCUGCGUAUUUCUGAAAGUAUAAGAAGUGUGCCAAUUUAUAGACAUUCUCUGAUUACUCUGCCUGUCUGUCUGUCUGUCUGUCUGUCUGUCUGUCUGUCUGUCUGUCUGUGUGUGUGUGUGUGUGUGUGUGUGUGUGUGUGUGUGUGUGUGUGUGUGUGUGUGUGUGCGUGUGUGUGCGUGUGUGUGUGUGUGUGUGUCUGCUUGUGUGUCUGUGUGCGUGUGUGUGAGAGAGACACAGAGAGAGAGAGGGGGGAGAAGUUUCGAAUUGAACCUAUUUCUGGAAACCUUAUGCUACUUCAGUUAUCCCUUUUGUCAGGCCUAUAGACUACAUUACUCCAGGUCCUGGUCUCACUGCAUUUCCUCAAAACAUGUUUCCAUUAGUCUGCUUUACGUUUUUUUUUUUUUUUUUUCGGUUCACAACCAAAACCACAAUAACUGAAAAGCAGUUGAGGUCUGUGGCGCAAUUUGAUAGGCAGGUAGCCCGUUCUAGUCGUCCAGACUCUAGAAUACGGAACGUUCUACAGUGUGUUUCUACACUUAGUUGGAACACAGAAUGAUACAAUGUAGUGUAUGUAUGGAAUGCAUGUUGAAUCAUGGGCUACACCCAGUGGUCUAGUGCAGGGUAUACUCAGGUACACGGGGUAUACCCACUUCUAAAUCCCCUCUUUUGUGUCUAGUGUUGCUGAUUCUUUUUUUGUUUUAUUUUUUGGAUGGCAAAGGCAAGACAUAAUGGUCCAGUUUUCGUGAGUGGAUGGAGUGAGGAAUAAAGAAUACUUCACUGAAAA